ACCCUAUUGAUCGCGUUAAAUAGAAUACAAUAAUCGAAGCCUACAAUAAUACAGGCUUGUGCAAUAAUGUCAUGCAUUUUGUACACAGUACUUAUCAGAGUGGGGAAUUCGUUUUCAGCUCGUGACACGGUUUUUAAGAGUUUUGUUUGGCCCGUCUGUUCAGCAUGGUAUGCAAAUUUGCGAGCUCGUGUGAACAUGGAAGCAUACGAUGACAGGCUGUGCGUGGAUUCCCGCCGAAUUCCGUCUGGGGUUGAUUCGCAGGAGGGUUUAUUAAAAGCUUCCGUUGAAGAACGGGGAGAACGGUCACGUGUUUUCAAGAUGGUGCCCUUCAAUCAAUCCCUCAAGGUCACGCUGGUGUCCAUGACCUGCUACGUGGUAGUUGUCGUCGUCGUCAUCCGGUACUACCGGUCCUCAUGGGAACCGGGAGAAGACAUUGGCCAACAAGAUAUCAACCCAGACCCGAAGAUAUUUCUAAACUCUGAUGAUAUAUGUGAGAAUGGCAAAAAAGGUAUUUUUCUUCUCAUCAUGAUCUUAAGCGCCGUGGUAAACUUCGAACGAAGAAACGAAAUCCGAGCAUCAUACCUCAAUGUUACGCAAUACCUUGGCUGUGAAGUACGUCACGUAUUCUUGUUGGCACGAAUCGAUUACGUCGAAGCGCAGAAAAUGGUAGGUGAAGAGGCAGCGAGAUACAACGAUGUGGUGCAAUUCGACUUUGACGAUCGUUAUGUGAAUUUGGCAAGGAAAACAUUGGGCGGAUUAUACUGGGUAAACUCAUCUUGCAGUAAUGCUAAAUAUGUCGUCAAAACUGAUGACGAUGUUUUAAUUCUGCCGCAAAACGCAGUAAGACUUUUAGCAGGGUUGUCUGCAGACCAAGAACGGACGUUAUAUUCCGGUCGGCUGCAGCCAUCGGCGCGACCGGUCCGGAACUACGGAAAAUGGAGGGUGGCGAAAGAGGUUUACCCUUACUUGAGGUAUCCUCCUUACGUUUGGGGCCUGGCCAUCAUCAUGUCAAUGGAGGUCAUACAAAGGUUUUCCAGGGCUUCGAAACGGGUGCCGCAAAUUCACGUCGAAGAUGCGUAUAUUGGAUUGUUAGCCCGCGCUACGGGGAUCAAACCAAAAUGCAACACAGCGGUGCGCUGGGGAUUCAAGUUAAAAAAUUACUCGGCCCAUCAUGAUUACUGCCGUUUUCAAAACGUGAUGUUGUUGGCAGCGAGUUUCAAUGACAUGGCGAAAUUCUGGGAGGGAUACUCCAGAGCGGAACAAGAGGGAAAGUCAUGUGAUGCGAACGUGACUCGCUAUUUGCAUACGGGUACUGAUAUUUGCCCCUGGCCCUGGGUUGCAAUGUCUGACGUCCUCGAUAUGGUGCCGGCUGAUGAUAAGUCGGUUCAAAAAACUUGCGCGAGCUUGUCGUGACAAACGUGUACUGGCAGCAUUAUCGACCUGUGAACGCCACCGCAAACGACCGAUUAUCGCUGGUUGCAGCCAUUUUUGAAUCGCUCGUUUGCGCGACGCUAGUAGACUACCAACACAAUGCCACUGACGAAACUGAAAAACAAAACUUACCUCUUAGUCUUUUCGAACAAUAUAGCAUUUCAAUGACCUCUGCGACCGGAUCUUGCAGAGAUACCUCUGUGUGCUUUCGGCUUUACAGUGUAA